GUUCAGAGGUCAGAGCGAAGCGGAAGUUGUUGGCUGUUUGUUCCACUGCAACAAGUGCAGGCAGCUUCCAGCAGGCUAACACCCUUCUCAUCGUGCUUGUGCUGUUUGUCACUGGAAAGAAAGAGUAUGACAAGUUUUGGAAUAUACGAAAGAUUAAGCCGGCAAGUCCAGGCAAAUUAUUUUCAACGGCAUCACCUCUGAAGAAGAGGAUACGCUAAUAUAAAGAAACCCGGAAGUAUUGUUGAAGCUCUCAGUUGGCAUGAACAAAAUGAGUGCCAAAUAUGGCUUGGUGGGCUACAACAGUUCACGGAAGCACAUUUCAAUCUCUAUCCCGUCGUCCACAGAGGUGAUGUCACCCCACAUAAAGUCUGUGGAGGAGCUGAGAGUUCUAGGAAUCGACCUGAGCAGCUUCAGCGCCCCCACACAGUUUUUCAUCUGUGUGGCUGGAGUCUUCCUCUUUUACCUUGUCUAUGGAUACCUGCAGGAGCUGAUAUUUUCUGUGGAAGGAUUCAAGCCUUUUGGUUGGUACCUCACUCUAAUCCAGUUUGGCUUCUACUCCAUGUUUGGACUAGUGGAACUUCAGCUCACACAGGACAAACGUAGAAGAAUACCAGGGAAGACCUAUAUGAUCAUAGCAUUUUUAACAGUGGGGACCAUGGGCCUGUCCAAUACCUCUCUGGGCUACUUGAACUACCCUACACAGGUCAUCUUCAAGUGCUGUAAACUCAUCCCUGUCAUGAUUGGAGGAGUAUUUAUACAAGGUAAACGCUAUAAUGUUGCUGAUGUGUCUGCUGCUCUCUGCAUGAGUCUGGGACUCAUCUGGUUUACGCUAGCUGAUAGCAAAGUGGCCCCCAACUUCAAUGUCACAGGUGUUCUCCUCAUCUCCCUGGCACUGUGUGCAGACGCCGCCAUUGGAAAUGUGCAGGAGAAAGCCAUGAAACUCCAUAAUGGCUCUAACUCUGAAAUGGUGCUUUAUUCGUACUCCAUUGGUUUUGUCUACAUACUGACCGGCCUACUCUGUGUAGGUGGGCUGGGGACAGCUGUUGCAUUCUGCUCAGAGCAUCCUGUGAAGACUUAUGGUUACGCAUUCUUCUUCUCUCUUACGGGUUAUUUCGGAAUCUCUUUUGUGCUCGCCUUGAUCAAGCUGUUUGGUGCCCUGGUUGCAGUGACAGUGACCACCGGGAGAAAAGCCAUGACUAUCGUUCUUUCCUUCAUGUUCUUCACAAAACCUUUCACUUUACAGUACAUCUGGGGUGGCCUUCUGGUGCUCUUUGGCAUCUUCUUGAAUGUUUACAGUAAAAACAGAGAGAAAAUGAAGCUUCCCUCCAUCAAGGACCUCAGGAGCUGGGUACUGACAGGAAAGAAAGUCAGAUUUCUCUCACAAAAUGUAUAGGAUGCACCCACAGGCAUAGUUCAAGUCCUGUCGGGGCAGACUGUACAGCUGUUCAGAUGUAGAGUUGGCCACCCUGUCUCAGAGGAUAUGCUGAAGCAUGUGUCUGAGCCUUAUCACCACCAACACUGAGCCAAGGAUGAGUAUACAGGGUUUGACCACCAAUCAGCCUCACAAACAGUGGACAUGAUCAAACUACGAUUGGUGAUGGAAUCUCUGUAUCCUGCCUCUAUUUACCAGUACGCCACUGACUCACUGAAAUUAUCUGCACCAAACUGAAGGAAUUGUAACUAUUUUUAAAAAGGGGAUCAACGGCUAGUGGGUUCUUUUAAAGCAAUUCUUCAGAGCCCCACAGAAAGAUUCCAAACAUGGAGACAACACCAAGAACCUUAAGACUCUCAAAAGGGAAGCCAGCACCUUAGCUAACCAAAUUGCACAGUUUUGCACUGGAAAUAGCUCUUGUACAUAAACUCUUGAGUGCUUGGAAAAAAAUUAAAUUUUGAAAGGAUAGAGUCAAGAGAGACAUGUUAAUGUGUCAUGUCUGAAAUGAGUCCGAAAAGAGAAAACACAUAUUGAGAAAAAGGUAUAUUUGUCUUUGCACAUGCCAGAAAGGUAGGACAAAAAUUUCAUUUAAUUGAUUUGAUUUGGUUGUUUUUAUAUAGUUUAUUGGUAAUUGUAGCUUACUGUGCCCUAAAUCAUGAAAAAUAUGUGAUCUGUGUCAUCAUAUGGUAAAAUUUUUGGGGAAUAUUGAGACAUUUGCUCAACUGUACAUCUACGACCUCAACUACCAUAAUUUGCUAACCAUGUGUUUGGGUGAAACAAUACCACUCUUUUUACAGUAAAACAAACUGAGACAUUUCUCUUAGAGUACAUCCUGUAUUUUUUGUGUGUGCUUGUGUGUACAUGUUUUUCUAUGGUUGGUUAGACAAAUCUGUUUUGAAACCAUCGUUGUGAGGACAUUUUGGCCAUGUCUCACAACUUCAAAGGGCUGUUUGAGGGUUAGGACUUGGUUUUACGGUUAGGGUUAGGCAUUUAUUUGUGAUGUUUAAGGUUAGGGUAAGGGGAUAUGGAAUGCAUUGUGUGAAUGAGUGUCCUCACAACUAAUGUAAGAUGUGUGUAUGUUUGUAUGUCUCUCAUCAGUCAGCCCUUAUUCUUCCCAUUUGUACCGCUUGGGAGAAGAGUUGAAAUGUUGCCAAACUGUGUGUUUAUCCAUUCAGUGGCCUUAGGCAUGUUUGAUUAGGAGUCCAGAAAAAAAGAUAGCAAUGCUCAACAGAAAAUAAACAGCAGUCAUCACUGUGCCUAGACUAUUCUAUAUAUUUGGAUCUAA